AUGCCGCCCUCUGAUUUGUUGAGAUUGUCACCUGCAGAUACGGUUACUGCUUCCAGUUUAUUGGACUGGUACACGUACAUAAGCGUUAAGGAAGAAAGAACGACUGUGAAGAAGAGUUCCGAUGGAUUUGCAUACGCGUCUGAAUGCAGCAUGUAUACAGAAGUUCCUGUGAAACCACUGGUGAUCAAAGAUGUAUUCAGGCCUUUUUUGUGUUUUUCAGCUUGCUGCAAAACAGUUCUGUACAAUCAUCUGGUGAUCAGCAAUGCAAUAACAUUUGGAUUUUAUUUUUUUUACAGGAACCACACUGUCAAAUACUGUCAUACCAACCUGUCAAAACUGCAGUUCCUUGUGAAAUGGACAGCUGAACACUCUGAAAUUGCAAGGAGGAGAGAAGUGUCACCUUUGAAAGAUAACCUUUCACCAUGGGAAGAAUGGUUCGUUAGCAAAGAGAAGGAGCUGCGUGCCCGCUUACGAGCUAGAGCUGCAGAGGAAAUGAAUAAACAGCUUGAGAAAAUGAAGCAAAAUGAAGAAUAUGAAAGAAGAAAAAGGAUGGCUGAAGAGAAACACAAGGAAUGGGUCCAAAAGAAAAGGGAAGAGGAAAGAAGAGAAAGGAAACGAAAGCUGACCAAAGAAAUGGCAGAAAAAGCCACAAGGGAGCUAGAAAAAUUGCGGUUACAAGAAAAGGCUGACAUAAAGUACAAAGAAUGGUUAAAGAAGAAGAUAGCUGAAGAUGCAGAAAAGAAGAAAAAAGAGAAAGAAAAAGAAAAAGAACGGGAGGCUGAGCUACAGGAGAAGAAAACAAGAUCAGAGAAAAUCUUUAAGGAAUGGCUGCAAAAUGCUAGAAAUAAACCACAACCUGCUUUAAAUGGUUAUGGUUUCCCACAUGGGAAUUCUAAAGGGAAUGCUGAUAGAACUUUGUAUCCAGCUCCAGCAUAUUGUAACCCCAUUCCUUGGAAACCGGUACACGUGCCUCUCCCAAAGGAAGAGAGUGUUCUUACCACGAAGAAGAGUAAGAGACCUGUGUCUUGUCAACCACAUUCAUCUUUACCAACAGUGAUUUCCAAGCCCAAGAGUAGCCCUUGUAAUGGAUCCCUGUGCAGAAAGAAGUCAUAGUCCAAAAAAAAUGUUGUUACAAUCUUGAACAAACUGGGGCAUAAAUGUGAAGUUCUAUGUAGUUAUAUGUCCAAAGCAGAUUGCUUUGUGCCUUUCUUUUUUUUAUUUUUCCCAUUUUUGUGAGCAGGUUUUGUGUUUACUUCUAGUUGACCAAUCAGGCUUUUAAUGUUUUUUUCUAGAUUGCAUUUUAUUAAAAAAAAGGAAAAGAUAAAUUGUAAUUGUACUGUACAUCAAUAUUUAAUAUUACCUCAAUAUGAAUAAAUUCACAGGAUUGUUUCUUCCUUUC